AUGCAGUUACCCGAGCGACCUAUUUUGGAUGUUGAGAGGACUUUGAAGACGUUGACUCUCCCUGAAAAGGCAUCUCUGCUUUCUGGCUCUGACUUUUGGCACACAACCCCGUUGCCGGCUCACGGCAUACCGUCUCUCCGCUGCACUGAUGGACCUAAUGGUGCCCGUGGGACUAGGUUCUUCAACCCAGUGCCCGGAACGUGUAUCCCAUGUGGCACCGGCCUUGGCGCUACAUGGAACACCGACCUGAUCCAUCAAGCAGGCCAGCUCCUCUCCCGUGAGUGUGAAUCCAAGGGCGCGCACGUAUGGCUGGGCCCCACCGUCAACAUCGUCCGGUCGCCACUCAACGGUCGAGGCUUCGAGAGCUUCUCUGAAGAUCCACUCCUGAGUGGUGUUCUCGCCGGCGCAAUCAUCCGCGGGGUGCAGAGCCGUGGGACUCUGGCUGCUUUGAAACACUACGUUGCCAAUGAUCAGGAGACGGAGAAGAUGUCGAUAGAUACUCGCAUCUCGGGGCGUGCGUUGAGAGAGGUGUACUUGAGAUCCUUCCAGAUCGCGAUACGCCAUGGUCAGCCGAAGAUUGUCAUGUCAUCUUAUAAUAAAGUCAACGGUGAACAUGUAUCCCAAAGCUCCUUGUUAUUGGACCAGAUACUCCGGAAAGAAUGGGGGUUUCAGGGGCUCGUUAUGAGCGAUUGGUACGGCACAUACUCAUGCUCAGAAGCCUUGAAUGCCGGUUUGGACCUUGAGAUGCCAGGGCCGACAAUUCACAGAGGGAUGAAAGCCGUCCUGGCAGUGAUGUCGGGCCAAGUGCAUCAACAUACCCUCGAUCAGCGGGUAUGCAAUAUAGUCAACCUCGUCAACGAGGCGGCAUCCGCCCCGGUGUCAAUAGUUGAGACGUCGCGUGACUCUCCAGAAAUUAGGCAACUGAACCGUCGCUUAGCCACCGAGUCUCUCGUAUUACUAAAGAACGAGGACCACACGCUUCCCAUUCAGCCAGAGGAGAUAUGUGAGGUGGCUGUGAUCGGGCCCAAUGCCAAGCUCGCGAUGGCCUGUGGAGGCGGGAGCGCCAAUCUUCAACCGACAUAUACCGUCUCUGUGUUUCAGGGCAUCCAGGGCCAGGUUCCGACUUCAGCAAAGGUUUUCUACGAACCCGGAGUGUUUGGACACAUGCUUUUGCCUUGCCUUACCGGUGACCAUGUCACCAAUGAUAGCCGUGAGCCUGGCGUGUCCAUUGAUGUAUACAACGAGCCGCACACCUGUGCUGGCAGAAUCCCAUUCGACUCCUUGAAAAUCCCCCAGUCAUCGUAUCAGAUGAUGGACUAUACACACCCUAAGAAGCAGGAUACGUUCUAUGUGUCUAUGCGUGCCAACUUCGUGGCUGAGUAUGAUGGCCCAUAUGAAUUUGGGUUGGCAAGCUAUGGAGUUUCGAAACUUUUUAUCAAUAAUAAACAGGUUAUUGAUAAUGAAACAGAUCAGAUACCAGGUGGCAUGUUUUUCGGCAAGGGCUCCGCUGAAAGACGUGGAGUGUUCAAUAUGAUUAGCGGUCAAUCCUAUGAGCUGCGUGUUGAGGCCGGCAGUGCAGCAACAUCAAAGGUCACUAGCAGCUCAAUGCUGCCUAUUCCAGGAGGGGCCUGCCGCCUAGGUGGUUGUCUAAAACUUGAUCCAGUAGAAGGUAUCCGCCGCGCUAUCCAGCUUGCAAGGAGGUGUAAGCAUGUUAUUGUGGUUGCCGGCUUAAAUGAUGACCUUGAAAAAGAGGGCAUGGAUAGAAGCUCCAUGUCAUUGCCUGACCAUGUCGAUGACUUGAUCUCGGCAGUGCUGAAAGUACAGCCAAAUAGCAUAAUUGUUACCCAGGCGGGUAACCCUAUUGGCAUGCCGUGGCGCCACCAAGCGAAGGUAAUCCUUCACAGUUGGUAUGGUGGGAAUGAGGCAGGUAAUGCUGUUGCAGAUGUUAUAUUUGGCAAAGUUAACCCCAGUGGGAAGCUGCCAGUAACAUUUCAGGAGAGACUUGAAGAUGGGCCAACCGCACUCAGCUUUGGGAGUGAUAAUGGCUCUAUCCAUUAUGCUGAGGGUGUUUAUGUUGGAUAUCGGUGGUUUGAAGCUAGGAAGAUUCCGGUCGCCUUUCCAUUCGGUCAUGGGCUAAGUUAUACAACUUUUAAGAUAACCAAUAUCCACAUAUUGGGUAGGGAAGUCAGUGUCGAUAUCGAGAACACUGGCCUUCGUGCAGGGGCCGAGGUGCUUAGGUUGUACAUGGCUUUCGUCCCUAGAGCGGGAUCUAAAUCUAGGUUUAGGCGGCCUCCGAGAACACUAGGCGGCUUCCAUAAAGUAUUUUUAAAGCCUGGCGAGAAGGGAUUGGCAUCUUUCACACUGCUACCGGACACAAGCGCCGUCUGGGAUGAGAGAAGAAACGAGUGGUGUUGCGAAGCUGGUGAGUAUGCUGUAUCUAUCGUCACGGGGGAUGGUUCUCUAGGUACGAGCUUUGUGAUAGAGCACGAUAUUUUCUGGAGCGGAAUCUAA